CUUCUUAAGGACUCCCCAGUCCCGAUUUUCUUCCCUCUUUUCAAAACCCUAAUAUCAUCUCUCCGAAUCUCGAUCAGUUUCGUUUCGCGCUUCCAAAACCCUGAAAUCGAUUCUGACUUCUGAUCCUUCAGUUUCUUCAUCACCAAAUCCUAACCCUAGAAAAACAACUCGUAGGAGGAGCAGAAGAAGGAAGAGGAAGAGGAGGAAAUUUGCUCCGAAUUAGUUCGAGCUUGAUAAGAUACAGUGCUUAAACUAUAUCUGGAGGUUUCUGUUUUGUUGGACUUGCCCAUCAAGGAGGAAACAACAAGAAAAACUGUUGAACAUAUUGAAUCUCAAAAGGGUUAAGCUGGAUCGAGCAGUAAUUAUGAGGGAUCUUGAGCAUAAUUAGCAGAGUUUCCUACUUUGGAGAUGUUACUAAUUGUUGGGUGAGUAGCUGCUGUAGAGAAUGAGUCUGCAACAAGCUGGACAGCCCAGGCCUACUGCGAAUGGGACUGGUCGUCGAAGAGGGGAACGGGAAACAGGGUUUCGGUCAGGAAGUAAUUUUCCUACCGAAAAGCCAAAUCAUGGAAUGGCCAUUGUUGGAGGUAUACUGAAUGGAAGCAUAGAGGGAGGCCUUGAAGGUCCUUCACGUGAUCGAUUGAUAUAUUUGGCAGCGUGUCUUAUCGGACAUCGCGUGGAGGUUCAAGUGAAAAAUGGAUCUAUAUUUUCUGGGAUACUUCAUGCAAUGAAUGCCGAAAAUGAUUUUGGAAUUGUCCUGAAAAUGGCUUCUCUAACCAAAGAUGGUUUGUCCAAAGGACAUAAGCCUGGUUCUGAUUCUAUUAGCAAGGCACCUUCAAAGACUUUGAUAGUACCUGCUAAAGAACUUGUGCAAGUCAUUGCAAAGGAUGUGUCGGUAACUGGCAGUGGAGUGAAAAAUGAUGGACACCAUGAAGGACGUCAGGACCUUAUGAUAGACUCCUACAUAUCUAAAUCUCAAUUUGUUGAUGCGGGGAGAGAACUGGCACCCUGGGCACCUGAUGAAGAUGAUUUGCAGUGUCCUGAAUUGGACAACAUAUUUGAUGGCCCCUGGAAUAGUAGGAAAUGGGAUCAGUUUGAAACUAAUGAGGCAUUAUUUGGAGUUAAGAGUACCUUCGACGAGGAACUAUAUACGACAAAACUUGACAGAGGCCCUCAAAUGAGAGAGCGAGAAAGAGAAGCUUCCAGAAUAGCUAGAGAGAUUGAGGGGGAGGAUACUAAAGAUAUGCACUUAGCUGAGGAAAGAGGUCGUCACUUUGAUUUUGAUGUGGAUGAGGAGACCAGAUUCUCAUCAGUCUUGAGGACAGUGGAUGAUAGUGGAUACGAUGAUGAUGAGGAUAUUGUAUUAGAUACUCACAAUAUGGAGACCUUUGGUGAUUCUUCAGGUGCAGCAUCUAAAAGAUCCUUUUCUGAUGUGGCUAGAGGGAAGACGGACAAUCUUGGUCCAUCACCGAGCUCUUCGUCAGUGGCGGAUGAAGCACAUUCUCGCUUCAAUGCUGGUCGGGAUCACUUCUCUGCUUCUGGUGAUCGUGCAAGACAAAUUGAUAGUGAGAGCACUCAGAGCAGGGUGUAUGAGAACAAAUUCAAAGAACUGGAUGGUCGGAAGAACGGCGCAAAAGAGUUAGUGGAAAGAAAACCUGUCAAUGAAGCUCAAACACAAAACCUUGAAGGGUCUAGAAAAUCUCAGGUUACAACACAGCAUGUACAUCCUCGAGGACGUCCAGGGAGUUCAGCGUCUUCUACUGCAGAGUCUGCGCAGAGUGGGGUUGCCCCGACUUUGGGUCGUCCUGGUUUGUCACCUAGCUCCUCCAUGGGGUCAUUGUCUUCCGAGAAAUCAACUUUAAAUCCUUUUGCAAAGGAGUUUAAACUUAAUCCAAAUGCAAAGAGUUUCACUCCCUCACCAGCACCAAUACGGCCUCCUUCUCCGGUAUCUGAUAGUUCAUAUUACUAUCCAAACAAUGUUUCUCCUGUCCAACAUAUGCACGGACUACCUGUUGGUGUCGGGAUGGGGACAUCAUAUGGCGGACCCCAGCCUGUUAUGUACACUCCACAAGUUGCACCUAUACAACCAGCUCAGACAUUUUUGCACCCUAAUGGACAACUGUAUGGACAGCAGAUGAUUGUUGGCCACCCUAGGCAAGUACUAUACAUGCCAAGCUAUCCUCCGGACAUGCCAUACAAGGGAAGAGAUUUCUAACUACACUGAAUAACUUAGCUCACCUGGGUUUCUUGGUCUCUGAGGCUGGUUGUUAGCAACUGCUGAUAUGACAGAAGAAGAAUGAGGAGUCUUUACAUAGACUUGGGGGAGAAAGUCAAGUCCCUUCCUUUGCGCCUGCGGCUGCGCCACUGUUCUUACAAGCAAUCAACUAGUUCUUUUUAAGGUAACUAUUUGGAGCCGUGGAAGGCAGAAUUUAAAUUUCAACACUUGGUGGCAAGUUUAUUCCCAUAUCAUCAGUCAUCCAGCCUCGUCGUCUCCAUCCUGUUUGUAUCUUGUAAAAUCUGUGUGUUGUACUUGGUUUGUUCUUUUUCAAGUUUUUUUUUACUUCUGGA